UUCAAUUUAUAAGGACAAAACAAAAGACUGAGCAGUUUUAUUAUCUUCUAAAAUCAAUCAACUCUCUCUCUCUCUCCCUCAUUAUAUCGUCGAAAUAGUGACAUGGCAAAGAGUUUAUUCAAGCAAGAACAUGAUCUUGAGAAAAGGCGUGCUGAGGCUGCUAGAAUUAGAGAAAAGUACCCCGAUAGGAUUCCAGUGAUCGUGGAAAAAGGGGAGAGGAGCGAUGUUCCCACCAUCGAUAAGAAAAAGUACCUUGUUCCAGCCGAUUUGACUGUUGGCCAAUUUGUUUAUGUGAUUCGUAAAAGGAUUAAGUUAAGCGCUGAGAAAGCUAUAUUUAUAUUCGUUGACAACGCCCUGCCACCAACGGGGGCGAUUAUGUCCUCUGUAUACGAAGAAAAGAAGGAUGAAGACGGUUUCUUGUACGUGACUUACAGCGGAGAAAACACAUUUGGAGAACAGUAAUACUUUUUCCAAAUAUUUUUUUUCUGUUUUUUAUAAUAUCUUACAUUUUCAUGGAUCUUGUUCUUUCUGUCAAGAAAAUACCAUGAAUCCAUGAUACAAGUGCAGAUGUGUAUAUAAUAUAAGCCUGAAUAAUGGGUAUGUUAGUAAUCAUUUGCUUUUCAUUGUAUCAUCAA